AUGCAGCGAGUGUCGACGAAGAAAGCAGCGGAUGGCAGCAACCCAUUCCGCUCCCCUAUUAUACAGGACGAGAACCUUGACUUCUUUAAUCUCAACCAGCAACCUCUUUUGCCUGUCAGAUCAGCAAACUACGAGUGGAUAGGAUGUGAGCCAGAUGCCACGCAGCUAUGGAAUCAAAGGCAAUGUUCGGGCUUGGAGGCACUGGACCUAGUACAAUGGUCUGGAACCGAUAUAUUGACACAGUUACCGAGUGCUGAGCGUUGGGAAGCACUGCCCUGGACAUCAACCUCGGGAUCUCCUCGACAGUCCUCCAUAAGACUCUGUAGCGCCAACUGUGAGAUUCAUUCACUGCCUGAAAACGGUGCUUCAGGUUUGCUGCAGGUCAGGCAUACCACUUUUAACCGCCCCAUCGACGCGAGCUGGGAUCGUGAGAGGACUGAAGACACAGUCACUUGGCUCCUGGCGCUGGACGCCCGUGCCCGAGACUUCAACAUUGCACCACAACCACGAGGGACAACCCAGGCGCUGAGCUCAUUGCCAGUACCGCCUACGCAGCAACACACAGAGUUGCUCAGAACUUUUGUGAAGCUGGCUUCCAGUUUUAAAUCAUGCCUAGAUGGCAACAACCAAGAUACUACCAACUCUCGCAUCGAAUUAUGCAUGCCGUUCUGCGUGCGCACACCUCUUCUCGCUCAAGUCGCCAUAUACACCGCUUCGUGCUUCCUCGUCGAGACGGGUACUCUCGACAAGACCGUGGCUAUAGCUCACAAGGGUCUAGCAAUCCGGAUGUUGAACGAGUUACUGAGAUCGCCGACUGACUCGACAAGCGACGAAGCAAUCGCGGCCGUCAUCCAGAUGAUCUUGAACGAGUGGUACUGGGGGGACUCCAGCAACGAUCUACAGGCCCAUCUGCGAGGCCUCAGGGAGAUGAUUCGGCUUCGGGGUGGCAUCCAGAACCUGGGCAUGGAUGGCCUUGUUGGCAAGCUCGCAGUGGUGGUGGAUGCCGUCAUUGCUCUCUCGCUCGAGCAGCCCCCAUUUCUGAGUAUUGAAAACUUUGAAGACGGCAUUUUGGGAGGUGCCAACCAGCAGUCCGAGGCAGCCUACAUCACACCCUUCGUGGCUUCUUCGCCAUCAUUCUCGGCAUGUUCCGACACCCUCGGGUUCCAUCCCAUCACGGCGUCCAUCCUGGAUGACAUGCGAUUCCUCAUCUCGACGGUCCUCGAAAUGCCGUCGAGGCCAUCACUGGCGGAGCUGAACAAACUCAAAAGCACCGCCUCCUGGACCCGUGACCGAAUCUUACGCUUGCAUCCGGAUAUACCCCGAGACGGCAGCCCACAAGAGUCAGACAGCCACCCGUUUUUCGCAAGCAUCCCAAGGGGAGCAAAGCUGGACCGCAAACACUCCCCAGAGAGAGACCCAGCCACGCAGGGAUACAGCAGCACAACAGGCAGCGGCGCUGGCGUCCCAGGCCUGCCGAGACGCCAGACCGCACCAGCGACCACGCUCGCAUCCGAGCCACCCACCGACCCGCCGUCCGACUUUAUCUACCAGGUCGUGCGGCAGACGGCCCUCGUAUACUGCCGGGCAGCGGCCGCCACCACGACCUCGACUCCGUUCGGAAUGAUUGGGCCCCAAGACCUCGCGCAGCUGUGGACGGCCAUUCGCCGCGUGCCGCUGGCCCGGUGGAGGCGCAUCCUGGGCGUGUUCGGCUGGGUGCUUGCGGCGCUCGCCCCGUCGGCCCGCGGCACCCCGCACGACCGCCUCGCAAAGAGCCUCUUUACCAUCUGGGGCGUGCAGAUGGCUCUGGAUGACUGGGCCGCCGCGAGCGCAGCGCUCCACGGUGCCUUGAGACUCCAGGCGUGGCUGCUGCAGCGUGCUGGUCCGUCGGGUGCUGCUGCUGCUGCUGCUGCUGCUGCUACUUGCGGUGAAGGGGUUGUUGUCGUCAAGCUGGAGCCUGGUGUGUGA